CUGGCAGCUUAAUAAAAAAAUAAAAAAAAUAGAAAAACUGGAUGGAAAGUUUUUCUGCUCACAUGCACCUCCGACCGCAGAGCAGCAGACAGACACGCUCUCUUCUCUCACCAGCGACUAAGACACAAUGAUGCAAUUAAGGACUUUAAUUUUGACAUCUGUGAUGCUCCCAUGGAUGCUGUCUUCUGCAGCAAGAGAUAAAAACACAGAAGUGAGAAAACCUAAGAAAGUCCCUGUAGACGUUCCAAACUAUGAUGCCGUCCAGGACACCGACCAAGCAGCUCCAAGAGCCGACGAGCUGCCAACUUGUCUGCUGUGUGUUUGCCUGAGUGGGUCUGUGUACUGUGAGGAGGUGUCCCCUGAAAUGUCAGCCGUCCCGUCGCUACCAAAGGAGACGGCGUAUCUCUACGCACGUUUCAACAAAAUCACAAAAAUACGAAACCAAGACUUUGCAGACAUGGCCACAUUAAGAAGAAUCGACCUGACCGGGAAUCUCAUCUCUGAGAUAGAUGACGGAGCUUUUUCUAGACUUCCACAUCUUGAGGAGCUCACUCUUGCAGAGAACAGACUGAUUAAACUUCCCGUGCUGCCCGUCAAGCUGGUGUCGUUCAAUGCCAAUUUCAAUCAGCUUAAAACCCAGGGUGUUAAGGCGACUGUUUUCAAAAAACUCACAAGACUGACGUAUCUUUACCUUGGAAACAAUGAAAUGACAGCAGUGCCCCAACUUCCAGAGUCUAUUCACGUCGUUCACCUGCAUAACAACAAGAUCUCAAUGAUAACAGACGAGACGUUCUGCAAAGGUAACAACAGUCACUACAUCCGCUCCAACAUGGACGAGGUGAGACUGGAUGGGAACCCCGUCGCGCUGUCGGAGCACCCCAACAGCUUCAUCUGUCUGCAGUCUCUCCCUAUCGGAUGGUACAACUGAAAUAACCGAAGCAUGCUUAUUGACGGAGGUAAACCAUUUAUAAAAUGAGGUUCUUAUGUUACAUUUUAUGUACUCAGAUCUGUUGUACAGUGGAAGAUCUCUUGUAAGCGGACAUAAAUCAUAUAAAAACAGAACAACAAUAUUUAAACAAGGUU